UAACAUAUAUAAGAGGCCGAGAAAAGAACCCGUAAUCAGAAUAAACAAUGGUGGGGAAGUGGUCAGUCCUUGCCUCAUACCUUUUGGCCGCAGGAACUAUUAACUGCUUGCCGUCUCAUUUUACCGGAGCAAGAAAUGUUCCGACACCGAGCGAGGUCUUCCCACAGCACGCGCAGCUAGACGUGAAUGGAAGCUUCCACCUGUACUGGAAAACCAACUCUACUCACAUUACAUUUGAGGCGCACGCGAGAACACGGGGAUAUGUGGGUUUUGGACUGUCUCCUAAUGGAGACAUGUACCCAGCUGACAUCGUCACUGGCUGGGUAAAGCAUGGACACGUCCAUUUACAGGACCGCCACUCCACCGGACACUUUGAGCCGACAGUGGACUCGUCUCAGGACUGGAUCCUUCUCCACGGGGAGGAGAACGAUUUCGGCACCGUCAUCAAAACGAUCCGGAAGUUAGACACGUGUGAUGACGAUGACGUCAAGAUAACGAACGACACCGUACGAGUUAUCUUUUCCUACAGUGAGAACGAGCCCCAUCACGAAAGAGGAAGUCUGGUGUAUCAUGGGACUCACAGAGGCGCCAAAAGUCUCAUGUUGUUGUCCGAACCCCGGAAAGUCCCCCUUCCAAGUGACGUCAUCACACGGGACCUUCUGAAUGGAAGAUUCCUCGUGCCGGACAAAGACACUACAUACAACUGUAAAGUAUUCGACCUUUUUAACCUCGGGAAGAAGCACCACCUGAUUAAAUUUGAGCCAGUGAUACAGAAAGAGAAUGUGGGCAUUGUUCAUCACAUACUGCUACAUAAAUGUUCCGGCAUUGACCGGAAGUACAUAGGAGUGGAGUUUGACUGUUAUUACUCCCACAAUCACCAGCUGAAAGCGUGUAGUAAUGUGAUAGUUUCCUGGGCAGUAGGAGGCGGGGAGUUUUACUACCCCCCUGAGGCCGGUUUGCCCCUGGGGGAGAGUGGAGACAGCGACCUGUUGGUGAUGGAGACGCAUUAUAACAACCCUAAUCGGAGAAACGACAUUGUGGAUGACUCUGGUUUACGGCUGACAUUGACCCCGACCCUCCGACAGCAUGACGCCGGAGUUCUGACUACCGGAGUAGGUGUAAAUGACCUCCAAAUUGUACCUCCAUUCGAAAACGAAUUCCUUUCUAGUGGAUUUUGUACAUCGGAAUGCCUAAAUAAGGGACUUGGCAAUAAUACGGGCGGAGUGAACAUAAUUGCUAUUCUUGAGCAUGGACAUUUGUUGGCCAGGAAGAUCCGGACCAGAAUCAUCCGGAACGGGACGGAGUUGGAUCCGCUGGCCGUGGACAAUAAUUACGACUUUAACUUCCAGGAAUUUAGAAACCCACCAAAUGCAAGAAAGAUAAUGUCGGGCGAUGCUCUAGUGGUCGAGUGUACCUACGAUUCCACUCAACGCUCGACGGUCACCUACGGAGGCUUCGCUACAUCAGACGAGAUGUGUCUUUCGUUCAUCAUAUACUACCCUAAGAUGGGUCUGGAUUUGUGUGAGAGUGUUCCAAUGUACAACAACGUUCCCAGGGCGCAGUCAAACGGCCAUGCGGUGGCUUCACAGUUCAAUUUUACAUUGGAGUCAGAUAGAAACAAAUUUAAAAUGCUAACCUCAACCACAAAGCACUGGGCGGGCUGUAACGGGGCUUCAUUAACUCCACAGUACACGCAUCAAGAGCUUCCCAUGUUGAUACCUCAAACUCCCUAUGUAGAACCGCCAUCCAUGUGCCCAUCGGUGACGCCAUCAAUGACGUCAUCACAUCCAAAAACGGCAGUGUGUGGGGCUCCAUUGCCAACAGAACAAUUUGAUUUUCAAGAGAGCCUAGCUGCGGAUGGCAAAUAUGUUCUCUUUUGGAACGUUAAUAAAACACACAUUAUCUUUGAAGUCCACGUUGAGACAAAAGGCUAUAUCGGAUUUGGAAUGUCUCCAAACGGGAAAAUGUACCCCGCUGACGUCGUUGUUGGAUGGGUCAAAGACGGUGUUCCACAUUUUCAGGAUAGACACACGGUUGGUCACUCUCAGCCAAUCGUAGACGCCUCCCAGGACUGGCAUCUCCUCUAUGCCAGGGAGGAUCACUGCAGAACAGUGCUGAAAAUGGUCAGGAAACUGGACACGUGUGACGACGAGGACUUCAAAAUCACGGACGACACCGUAAAGAUCAUUUACUCCUACCACCCCCACGACCCCAGCAGUGAGGACAGCAUCCCGUAUCACGGGACACACCGGGGGAUCCGGAGUCUGCUACUGUUGUCUAAACUCUCCCCACCGCCCCUGGAAAGCGACGCUAUAACCAUCGACUGGAGAAAUGAAAACUAUCACGUUCCUUCCAAUGACACAACAUACAGCUGUCGAAUCUUUGACUUCUCUUCUCUCCAAAAGAAACACCACCUAAUUAAGUUCGAGGUACAAGUUCAGAAAGGCCAUGAGGUUUUAGUACAUCACCUGGUGGUGUACAAAUGCCCCGGAAUCAACAGGAACCUGGUCAACUCCCCCAACUACAUUUGUCACGAAGAUUCAGACAAAACCAAGCAUCCGUGUGGCAAAAUAGUGGCGAUAUGGGCGGUAGGGGGAGAGGCGUUCUACUUCCCCACGGAGGCAGGACUUCCGGUGGCUGAGCCUGGCGACACUGAACUCUACAUCAUGGAGACCCAUUAUAACAACCCAGAGCUCAAGAGUGGUAUGGUGGAUAACUCUGGCAUUCGAUUUACGGUGACGCCCACUUUACGACAACAUGAUGCGGGGAUCCUUGAAUUUACAGCCCCUGUGGAUACAAACCUGGUCAUUCCGCCUCAUCAGUCUAACUUUGUAUCCAGUGUUUAUUGCAAUGAGUCCACCGUCACUGAGUAUCUCCAAGAGUACCCUAAUGGCGUCAAUGUUUUCGGUGUACAGCAGCACGCUCAUCUUCUCGGUAAGGCAAUUAAAACAAGAGUCAUCCAUAAGGGAGUGGAACAAAAACCCCUAGCAGACGAUAAAUACUACGAUUUCAACUAUCAGGACUUUCGCCGAGCAAACAGAACUUUGAGGGCCGGAGACAGUUUGAUAUUAGAGUGUACAUAUGAUUCAACAGGCCGAACUAAUGUCACAUACGGCGGAUAUUCUACUCAGGAGGAGAUGUGUAUUGUGUUUAUUUUCCACUACCCCCGGACGCGGCUGUAUAACUGUCAGAGUAAGCCCCUGUAUAAAAGGUUUCACACAGGGCCCGUGGUCGGAUGGUGGAGCUAUCUGGCCCCCCUGACCAGCACGUUUGACGCCAUGGACUGGACAAACGCCAGCGUGAUCCGGGAGUUUAAAGACAGCCUGGAGAACGACCAGUAUUUCUACGUCUACGGCCAUGACAAUAACCAGUAUAACUAUACGAUGAUGGAUCCUAAGUCUAUGUACCCAAAUGUUCCGUACACUGAGCCCCCCAACACUCAAUGCGGAGUCUGAAUUCAACAGAAAGUCUGAGAGAUAUAGAGAGAGAAAAGUACAUAGAGCUAUCACGGCUUAUUCAUUUUCCCGAUUUUUUACAGAUGCAUAGGUUUGAAUCAUAUCGAUGUAGAUUUAAUAUUGAAUUGAAAUAAUGAUGGAAUAAAUAAUGUUUGAAACAAAA